AUGCAAAAUAAUUCAAACAAUUAUCUUUCUGUGGAUUCCCAUUUUAUUCCAAAUGAAACAAUUAUUUUAGAACCAGCCGAAGCAUCAAAAUUCUCUUAUAUCAUUGGAUGGGUCAUUUAUAAGCUAACCAAAAGUGACAAUAUAAUGAAAUCACAUCCUAAAUUCGAAGCUAUGUGUGCUCAUCUUAAGGUUCUAAGCUCAGAACAAAUUGUAUAUGAACAAGAUGUACGAUCUCAGAUAACAAAUGUGAUACCUGGUCAAGAUUUCUUAGAUAUUAUGUAUAAAUUGGAAUCACUAGUAUUAUUAUUAUUUGAAAAAUAUAAGGAACUUGGUCCCAAUAUUCUUUUAUAUAUACAUAAUAAUUUAUUAUGUAAUUUAUUUUUGUGGAAAUCUUUUAUUACAAUCUUUAAUAUUUCUGGUCAAAUACUCUAUACACAUAACCCAACAAACACUGAAAAACAUGAAUUAACUGAAGAAACCAAGAAAUUUCUCUAUGAGCGAAUUAUUUCUAUCUAUAUGAGAAGUAGACAAAAAUCCUGGAGAAGGUUUAAUGAACUUACUCCUGAAAAAGGAACUUCAAGUCUUCGAGAGAAUCUUAAAGCUAUGAAAAAUGAUAUAAAAAAAAUUGAUAACAAACCAGCAUUAAUAAAAAAAUCCAAUAUUCCAAAGGAUCCUAUGCUUGGAUUGGAGCAAAUUCGAAUUUGGGCACAUUUAGAAAAUGUUGAGAAUGAAUUCUCUAAAAUAUUUUUAAUGAAUGAAUUAAAAUGGUUACUUUGGGCCUUUGGAGAUAAUUCAAAAAACAAAAAAAAGAAAGACUUAAUACCUUUAAUUUUGGAUCAUUUAAAAAAGGGAACACCUUUUUCUGAGGAAGCCUUAGCUAAAGGUCAUAUUUUUGUAUAUUAA